AUGGCCACCCCAGACGAUGCUGACAACGGCCUCCAACCCAGCUUGCAACCUGUCGGUCGCCCAUUAGACCUCGUCCCCGUCCAGCUCAAGGAGGCUGCUCUCGACUCGCCCACCUUCCGUGCCAUCGCCGUCCACUAUGCCAACCAGGUCGAGUCUAUCGAGAAAUGGCUCCGCGAUUAUGUCAAGCAAUCCCAAAAGUUUGCCGACCGCUUCGCCAGCAUCCAAAAAGACUUUGACAACUUUGAUCAUUUCCCACCUCCCCCUCCAGUGAACCUCAGCCAGGCUGCCCUAGACCAUGACUACACCUUGCUGGCCAUUACCCGCUACAGCCAAAACACUACCCAGUACCUGCGUUGGGUCUUUAAUAAUGUUGCUCGCUCACGUCAGACCCUGAUCGAACCUCUGUUGCGCUUCAUCGACGGUGCUGACAGCCCUCUUCGCCAAUUCAACCAAGCUCGCAAGGCUCUGGAACGAACCCAGGCCAUAUUCGACGCUGAAAUGACCAGGUAUCUCGCUCAAGCAAAGACAAAGGAGGCUUCAUCCUUGCGUGAGGACGCCUUCAAGCUUCACGAGGACCGCAAGGCCUAUCUCCGAGCUUCCAUGGACUAUUGUAUCAUGGCCCCGAAUCUUCGCAACUCGCUCGACCAACUGCUAAUCAAGGUCUUCUCCGAUCGCUGGAAGGACUUUCGUGGUUACCGCGACGCCACCUCUGCCAACUUUCAGAAAUGGGGCUCGGAAUUGGAGCGUAUCAGGGGUUGGAGUAAAGUCAUGCACGAGUCCGAGUCAGCUUUCAAGCGUGAGUUGAUGCUGGCACGUCGUCAGCUUGAAGAUUCAGCCGAGACCAAAGCUCGUCCCUCGCGUGAGAUGGACGAUUAUGCUGUAUCUACCGUGCCAUAUCUCGGCUCUGGGGCUCCCACUUCGCCCGUCAAGCCUGCCUUUACAAAGCCUGAAAAACAAGGCUGGCUGUUCGUAAAGACUGUUCCUCCCAAGCCCGCCCGACCAUCAUGGUUGCGACGCUGGUUCAUUGUCAAGAAUGGCAUUUUCGGUUGGCUGGUCCAAGGUAGCAUUUCGGGUGGUGUCGAGGAAAGUGAAAAGAUUGGUGUUUUACUCUGCAGCGUCCGUCCGGCCGUUCAAGAAGAACGCAGAUUCUGCUUCGAGAUCAAAACUAAAGACACGAGUAUCAUUUUACAGGCAGAGACCCAAGGCGAACUUCUGGAAUGGAUCAAUGCUUUCGAAAGUGCGAAGCGCAGAGCUCUCGAAGAACCUCGAGGAAACUCUUCCGCACCGGCCCCUGGAUCUGAUCCAGCCUUUGCCAUCAGCCCACCGGUCGAUCCAUCCUUUGCUGCGAAAUUGACUGAUAGCCUGGCUCACUCGACGGACGAAUUUGGUGCAUCCUUGUCCCCACCCGAAUUCGCUUUGGCUACCAGGAGUAGUUUCGAUGUCAACCCUUCCAGAAGAUCGACCAUGUUGGACGCUGAAGGUGGGCGUGAUACGGCCAACAGAAUCAUACAAAAGCUCGAUCUGCACAGGAGGGCUACGGCGCUAUCUUCGGCAAACCAGCCUGCCCCGGCUGGCGGUAUCGCUAGUUUGCUCUCAGCCAGUCACAGUAUCCUCCCGAUUGGCCCUGGCCCGGCUCCCAACGCUCCGAAGCCAGGAGAACAUCACCGAUCGUUCACCAUGCCUGCUACCAGUAGCUUUGCCCCUGUCACGCUUGCAAAUCCUCCGGCUCCCACAAAUCUCAGCCGAAGAGCCGUGGCAGUAAGUGGUCAACGUGCUUCGAGCGGGAAAUCUGAUACAUCAGCUAUGCCUAGCAGUUUGAUGGCGAACCUUUGGGGCUCCUCUAAUUGGGUAAGUAUCAAUCGACUUGGUCGCGAUGAGCCCAAGCCUGUCCUCAUGUCGAGACCUGCUGCGAAACCACUUGGCCACCGUAUUACCCAUCGCAAAACAAUCAGCGCAGGCGAUGCUCUGGACUCGCCUUCACAAAGCCGACUACCGAUCGCCCCCACCGAAGACAUUCAAACCGAAUACCCAGUCUCACUGAAGACAGAUGAUGUGCUUGUGCUCAAGGAACAUGAUGCAGAGUUCCAUGUCCUGUUCUCCUCCGUUCCACGCUCCGAAAAGAUCGUUCUUGUUUUCACUGCCAUGUGGAAUCCUAACGAGCAGCAAGAAUUCCCGGGUCGCAUCUACGUGACGACCGAAAAGAUAUACUUCUACAGUAAUCACUUUGGCAUGGUUCUUGUCGCGGAGAUCAGCCUGUCGUCAAUCACCGAGGUCACCGCUGCUCCAGGUCGAGAAAGCGAAUGUGACUAUCUGUUCCUGCAUCUCAAAGAGAGUAAGACGGCUUUCAGGCGCAUCACUGUCAAAACCUUCUUGGAUGCUCUGAGACCACUUCAACGCAGGCUUGAUUACCUUGUGCAGUCUGCAAACUCUGAAAUCCCCACAUCUCUAGAAGAGGUCUUUGCAUCAUUCUCGAGGAUAGCAACAGCAGAUUCUCAGGAUCAAUCACAGGAUUGGGACGAGGACGUACAUUCUCCUACAGAGAGUGAUGCCAGAGUCACUAGACGCCGUUCGAGAGAUCUCAGGGCAAACUUGCGCAUAGAUGGCACACUCUACGGAGAGUCAGUCGCACGAACAGGCAGAGAAGUAACCAAGUUCAAGUUGCCUUCCCAGCCUGUGUUAUACAGACCAAAGGACAUGGGAGACGCGGUUCUUGCACAAGACUUUGGCAUCAGUGCCAAGGCGCUCUUCCACGUCAUGUUCGGUGACAGGAGUGCAGUUUUCCAAAUGCUGUACAACAACCGACCGAUUGACAGUAUUCUAUUAACUCCAUGGACACGACCAAAAGAUGGACAACUCUCGAGACAAUUGAUCUGCACCAUUGGCCAUGAGCAAGAGACCGAUAGGCAGACAUUGGAUGUGUGCAACGAUCACCUCUGCUAUGUCGUGACUCAGACACAAUCACCAUGGCAACUACCAAUGUCCAAAAACUUCCUCUUGCUUAGCAAGUUCGUCAUCACUCACUCGGCAAAGUCCAAAUGCAAGCUUGCCAUUUUCAACAAAGUGGUGUGGAAUGGAGAAGCUCAGCCUGACCAGAGGCUUUCACUAUCGCAGCGCCUGGUACAGAAGCAAGCUCUACGUGACUAUCAAGAUGACGCUGUUGAUCUAGCUGCUGUCAUCACAGAUCAAGUGUCCAAGCUCGGUGCACACAGUACUAACAAAGCUGCACAAAUCUUUGGCUCCGUCGGUCAGAGUACACAGACGAGUCAGGUUUCGACAUCAGAUUUGCCGACCACUUCGAUCGUUCGCAGAAGACGAACAGUCAGAAUUCGUACUCUUGCUAACCUUUAUGCUGAUGAAGUGCUCGCUCAAGCAUUCCGUCUGUUGACCAUGUUGAUAGAUCUGCUCAUUGCGAUCGCAAAGUCUAUUGCAGGUGUUGUUACCGCGCACAAGAUUCUCGUCCUGAUUCUCGCCUGCAGCACUGCCUACAAUACCUGGUAUGGAUAUCGAGAUGGGCUUGCGUGGUACGACGAACGAAGGGCAGGGAAAUUCAUGGCCAGGCUAGGUAUCAAACCAGACCCUACCAUCACCAGAGCGGUCUACUUGAGUGACAUCGAAGAGCUCGUGGCUCCUACACUCAUGGACACCAUCGGUUUGAACUCUACAACAUUGGAUGACACUAAUCCAGCGUGGAACACGUGCCAUGGUACAUUCCGCGAUAUGCUCGCUUCGUCUGAACCCGAGUCCACAACAAAGGUCUCCAAAGGCUCGGGAAGACGCUCACAACAGAGAUUACAGCAUACGCGACACUCCCUUGCGAACUAUCGACAUGAUCUGAUGGUAGCGCUUCGUGUCAUCAACCGUGUUGAAGAGGAAGUUGUUCAUGCCGAGUGGCAAGAUUGGGUGAUUGAAGAGGAAAGGAAGUGUAAGAAGGUUGAGACCAUGCUGCGUGAACGCAACAAAGGCAGUCAAUCUACGCAAGCAGGAGCUAGCGACGAGAGCGAUGGACUAGGAGAUGGAUUCGCAGAGUAUUGCCGCAGCUGCAAGAGUGAAGCGAGCCAGAUUCUGUCGGGCAAGUGA